AUGUGGAAAUCGAAUCAUGUCCUAUUUGUUAACAGAAAGCCAUUUUCAAGCCUGAACAUUGCUCUAUCUCAGUCAAUCGAACUGGCUGAUAAUAUCCACAUCCAGACAGACAAGACAAACAAUGAUGUGCUUCGUUCUUAUAUAGUACAACAUCGCUCUCGACACUCUAUAUUACACGAAAAGACAUACUCUUGUUCUUCAAUGGCUUCGUCGACAACUACAGCAUCAGCAAAUAACCAGUCGAAUACAUCGAAUAAUGAAACAGCGGUUUAUGAAUAUAUGCGACAGUUUGUAGAUUAUCAAGAAAAUGGAAUUGAUCUAAAUGAAUUAUCACAAAUUCGUCAGCUCGAUAUUUAUCUACAAAAUUGUUAUACUCGUGUUCGAGAACUCAUCAAUGAUCUUCGCGAUAAACAACAAGAAUCGGAAAAGCAAUCGGAUAUUCAAACACGAUUAAUCAACGCUCUGAUCCAAGCAAAAGCGAUCGGUGAUAAGAAAAUGCAAUUAAGUCAACAAAUGCUCGACACAACGGAACGACAAUCAAAAAAAUUGAAGUUUGCCUAUCAAAAAUACAUGGAGUCAAUCAAUCAACAAUCCACAUCAUCCGAGAAUAAUUCACAUGACAUUGAUUCUGAUAAUGAAUACGAUUCCGAAAUCUCAAAUGUUCGUACAUUAUCAACCAAAACUUCCACAACAUCCUUAUGGAAACGUAAAACAACAACCAACAAUCCAUCGAAUUCCACAGUUAAUUUGAAGAGAAAGUGUGUUACGAAUUUAGAACAUAAUAACGAUCAACGUGAUCGAAAGAAAGCUACACAAAGAAAUGCCAAUUCCAACAUACAAAAUUCAUCAAGUGGAAAUAACAAAAAGUUCAAAAUGAACAAUGAUUCAUCUUCGACACCAUCAGAUGAACCAACAUACUGUCUUUGUUCUCAACUUUCUUAUGGUUCAAUGAUUCUAUGCGAUAGUAAAGCGUGUGAAAUCAAAUGGUUUCAUUUUAAUUGCGUUAAUUUAACGACAAAACCGAAAGGGAAAUGGUUUUGUCCUAAUUGUCGAGAUAAUCGCUCCUAA